GGAUCCCAGCUCCAGCUGUCUACUUCGUGGAUUAUGUCACCAACUCCAUAUAUCUUGAAGAUAUUGUAGACUCAAUUACUGUUCAAGAUCAUAUUUAUGCUGUGCAGCGGAGUGGAGGUGAUACCAGUAGCCUGCAGAACUUAGCAGAGAAGAUGGGAGAGCUGUUGGCAAGAAUGCAUGACGAAGAUAUCAUCCAUGGGGACCUAACAACUGCCAACCUGCUCCUGCGGCCUCCCAUGGAGAAGCUGGACUUGGUGUUGAUAGACUUUGGACUCAGUUUUAUUUCAGCACUUCCAGAGGAUAAAGGAGUUGAUUUGUAUGUUCUGGAAAAAGCUUUCAUUAGCACUCAUCCAGAUGUUGAGACAAUGUUCAAAGCUCUGCUAAAGACUUAUGCAGCUACAUCUAAAAAGUCUGGUCCUGUGAUCAAAAAGCUGGAUGAGGUACGACUGAGGGGAAGGAAGAGGUCCAUGAUUGGGUAGAAGAGAGUGGGCUUAAGGAUGGGGGAAAUAAUAAGUUCUGCCUAUAGGGUUAUUUAUAUUUCUAGUUGGUUUUAUUUCACAGAUGACUAUUUUGAUAACUGUGUCUUCCAAUAAAUACAUUUGACUGAGUGUAAGUG